AUGCGGUUGCUGGAAAGCGCAUCCAAUUCCACACACACUUCAGAUUCGUCAUACAAUCCUCCAGACUUGGUAGUUUCCGCACACCAAAGCUUUUUGACCGACCGUCUUGAACGUGGGAUGGACUGUGUCAUUGAGAGUGGGUUCGAAAAUUUUGACGUGCUGGUCACAGCCUAUUAUAAUGGGAUCUUUGCAGACUCAUCGCCCCUAGUGUGCGAACACCGUCUAAGUCGCACUAGACGGCUGCCCAAAGUCAUCGCAGAUAUAUGUCAUGCCGCAGGCCAAUGGGACUCAUGGGAGCGACGCUUGUUACAGGAAGAAAUCAUGAAGACUACGGAGAGAAUCUUAUCUUCGGAGAGUGAUGACACGCGAAGCAGCCUUACCGAAUGCAUCACGCUCUUGACCCAGGUGCAGGUGCAGGUGCAGGAUACGACGAGCAAAACAUGUAGCCCCGAUUCUAUAGAACAGAUCAUGCAGAAUGAGCUUCCAACCCGAUGGUCUCUGAUGGUGGGGCUUACCGCCGACGAUAGAGCAGCCUGGCAACGAGAUCGAUCAGACACAGCCCUUGCAGCCAUUGUCCUGUUGCAUUUCGCCGGUCGCAUGCCAAAAGAACAGCUGCUUCGGCUUCUCAGCCUACUCUUGUGA